AUGACUGCUGAAUUACUGAAAAAACACUUUGACUUCACUGAAAUUGAAAAUGAUCGAAUGAAUGGAUUUUGCUAUUUAUGUCAUCGAAAUUAUAAAGACAAGAAGAGUGUUUAUAGUAAUUUCACCAAACAUUUAAAACGAAAACACGAAUUGGCUUAUAAAAAAUUGUUUAAUGAUAAUGAAGAUCCAACUGAAAAUAAUACUAUUCAUGUUGAUCAUUCAAUAACAACUGAAUCAAUACCAAAUAAAGCUAAACAAGCUCGUUUUAAUAUGGCAAUUGCAAAAAAUUUGAUUGUUAAAUGUAAUAUGCCUCUUAGUUUAGUGGAAAAUUCUGGUUUUCGUCAAUUCAUGGAGGAAUGCAAUUCUAAAUGGAGUCCAAUCUGCAGCAAGAAGUUGAAAUUUGAUUAUAUUGAACAACUUACUACUGAAAUGCAAAACAAAAUUACUCAGACAUUAACCCUUGGAGUACCGGCCUCUUUUAACCGUGAUUUUGAUGACAUGUGUUCUUUUUUAAUAAUUCUUUUACUUUUCAGCCAAUAUUUUCGUAAGAUCUGA